AGAGUUACUGACGUCAGACGUGUUCGGUUAUUUUGAAUUGGAGGGUCAAAGAUGGCGGAGGCGGAGACCAGGCUAAAGCUUCAGAAUCAUUCCGGUGUAAAUCAUAAAGGUGAGCGUUUGGAAGAAGACGUGUUUCGUAAGAUGAGCGAAGACGAAGGGGAGGAGCUGCUGGAGGAAGAGGAGGUGGCCAGGCCUGUUCAGAUCGUGGUGGCAGAUGAAGAUGAGCACCAGUUUUCUCUGGACGAGCAGGCAUUGGAGCGCAUCCUGCUGCAGGAGCACAUCCGUGAUCUCAACGUGGUGGUGGUGUCGGUCGCCGGUGCAUUCCGCAAGGGCAAGUCCUUCCUGCUGGAUUUUAUGCUCCGAUACAUGUACCAACAGAAAUCGACUGCAUGGCUUGGAGGAAAUGAUGAACCACUGACAGGCUUCACCUGGCGAGGGGGCUGUGAGAGGGAGACCACAGGAAUCCUGGCCUGGAGCGAAGUGUUUGUAGUCGAGAAACCAGACGGGACCAAGGUAGCUGUGCUUCUCAUGGACACGCAGGGAGCCUUUGAUAGCCAAUCCACCAUCAAAGACUGUGCCACCCUCUUCGCUCUCAGUACCAUGACCAGCUCUGUUCAGGUUUAUAAUUUAUCCCAGAAUGUGCAAGAGGAUGAUCUUCAACAUCUACAGCUUUUUACAGAAUAUGGAAGACUUGCUAUGGAGGAAAUAUACCUAAAACCAUUUCAGUCAUUAAUGUUUCUUAUAAGAGACUGGAGUUACCCGUAUGAACAUGCAUAUGGCCUGGAAGGAGGAAAUAAAUUCUUAGAGAAAAGGUUGGAAGUAAAGCAGAACCAACACGAGGAGCUUCAGGAUGUCCGGAAGCACAUUCACUCCUGUUUCUCCAAAAUCAGCUGCUUCCUGUUGCCUCACCCUGGCCUCAAGGUGGCCACAAACCCCUAUUUUGACGGCAGGUUGAAAGACAUUGAUCCUGAUUUUAAAAAGGAGUUGGUGAGUCUCAUCCCACUGCUGUUGGCUCCAGAGAACUUGGUGGAGAAAGAAAUCAGUGGUUCUAAAGUCACAUGUAGAGAUCUUGUACAGUAUUUUAAAGCCUACAUGAAAAUAUAUCAAGGAGAAGAGCUGCCACAUCCAAAGUUUAUGUUACAGGCAACAGCUGAAGCUAACAACCUUGCAGCAGUUUCAGGAGCAAAGGACACUUACAUCAAGAGCAUGGAACAGGUGUGUGGUGGAGACAAGCCCUACAUUGCCCCAGCUGAUUUGGAGCGCAGCCACAAGGAGUUGAAGCAGAGCUCCAUAAGGCAGUUCCGCACCAUUAAGAAGAUGGGAGGCGAGGAGUUCUGUCAGCGCUACCAGGAGCAGCUGGAGGCCGAGCUGGACGAGGCUUACACCAGCUACGUCAAGUACAAUGAUGGAAAGAACAUUUUCUAUGCGGCGCGCACGCCGGCCACACUCUUUGCCCUCAUGUUUGCCAUGUACGUGGUGUCGUUAGUGACGGGCUUUGUGGGCGUAAACUCUGUGGCAAUGCUGUGUAAUCUGGUCAUGGGCGUGGCUCUGGUGUCUCUGUGCACCUGGGCCUAUGUCAAAUACUCAGGGGAGUUCCGUGAGGUGGGCAGCGUCAUCGACCAGGUGGCAGAAACUCUCUGGGAGCAGGUGGGUUAUUCUCAACCUGCUAAUUAUCUCGGUUCAUCUUCUCUUUCUGUGAUCUGCUUUUCUUUGUCCUCUUUUGGUUUUGGAACCAAAUUCUGCAUUUACAUAAGAGGAAACAAUAAUCCACAGUAUGUGACUUGUUGAGGUUCUCUUACAGUGUGAAGCUUCGCACUCCCCUUAAAUGUUUAAUUUUUCUGAUUUUUUAAAUCUGUAAUGUAAAAACAAGUUGUCUUUAUAUCAAAUAUUUCCACUCAAACUGUACCAUCAAGCGUAACAUUAUCUUUACAGCAUAUCAUAAAGCUGUUUUCUUCAACAACAAAGAAGGAAAAUAAGUCGUUCUGGGGAUUCUGUUGUCUAGAAGUGACCGUCUAUGUUUACAUCACCAGCCUGAGGUCACUCAAUUAUUUUUUCAUAUUUAUUUUAAAAAAAUUGGUGUGACGGAUCUAACACAAAUGAUUUUACCAGACAUUUGUGUCUGAACGCACAAAUCUGAGGUUUCAUUUGUGAUCUUAGAUUGCGCUUAUAUACGAUAUAUUUUCAUGUGACUUGAAUGAGGGUGAGUAAUCGGAAUUCAUGCGACUUUUUGCCACUGCAUGUGAAUAGGGUUCUCAGUCAGCACUGGCAGCCUGGAAAUUUCAUAGCAGUGUUAGCAAUAUCUGCUCAAACAAGGCAUCUGGUUUCCCUUCCAUCUUCUGGAGCUCAACAAACACAGCCGACUGACUGCUCGCCAUCCUCCAGAGUAAAACUUCAAGCAUAUUUUUGCAGUGUUUCGAAAUGAACGAGUGCUUGAACAAAUAUGAUGAUUGAUAAUGUCAAGGUCAAAAUGCUGGCAAAAUGCCUGAGCUGAUCUUGAACUUUAUCUGCCCUCUGAACCUGUCUGACUCAUCCUGGUUGCCCCCCCACCUUCUGGUUGGAGAUCUUGUCACAUGCUCCGUGUGUCUCUUGGGAUGUGUCCGGGGACAGUUUCACACUACCAUGAAGAUGGUCCGGGCCUUGACUGAUGUUAACAGCUGUUUCUCUGAGGACUUGACUUGGCUGCAGUCGCUCGAUAGUUCAGGACUUGAAUUUCCUACGAGUCUACCUGAGUCUCCAGUAACUACCUGAACUCCAUAUUAACAUAAAUUAACAUUAACUGUUAUAGCUGAACUGGCUGCCACCUAACACACAGUAUAAAUGCAGAUCAAUUCCUGCUUCCUGUUUCACCCACAUGAGGAUUGGUUCUCUGUUGAGUCCCGUCCCUCUCAAGGUUUCUUUCUAUUGCCAUCUCGGGGAGUCUUUCCUUGCCACUGUCGCCCUCGGCUUGCUCAUCAGGGACAAUCUGAUCAUUCUAAUACACAUUCCAUACAAACCUAAAUAAUUCUUUUGAUUGUGUAAAGCUGCUUUGCAGCAAUGAUUGUUAAAAGCGUAUACAAAUAAAAUGUAACUGAAUAAUGUGAGCAAAGAUGCAUGAAUGUGAGGCACAUUAGAGUCAGAAUCCUUCAUUGACUGCCAAAAAAAUUUAAAUAAUGUGGCUUGUUAUAUGAACAUAGUAAAUUUAAAUUUAUAAAAUUUAUACAAAUUACUCAUUAUGCAGUGAAGCCAAAACCCUAAUGAAUAGCUGCUGUUUUACUGAAGCUUUGCUCUUGUUUCUAUUCAGGUCUUCAUUUUUAGAUUUUGCCAACCGUGUUUCAACACAGCACAAUGUGCAAGUGUCUUACAAGCUUUAGCCUAUAAUAGCUAAAUAAAAGCCAUCACGCAUUGUCUUUUCACCUUGCUACUGUAACUUUUAAAAAGUUUAAACUGAGCUUUUUGGAUAGUCAUCAUUUGAUGUAAUAUUCAUGAGAAUCAUUUCAAGGAAAAUUUAUUCCAAUCUGAAGUUGCAUUGAUUUGAUUUUAUGUAAAUUUUUGCACUAGUUUUUACACUUUAAGCACCACUUCCAAACAGAACCUCAGUGACCUUGGAGUUGUCCAGUAGGUCUACAUGGGGAAUGCAGUGUAAUAUUCCAGUCUCGUGCUUUUCAUACUUCCUCUUGUUUUUGUUUAAUUUGUCUCUAUAAAGCCUCCACAUGUGGAAGUGCUGAUUUAGAUAGAGAUCUCCUCCUCUUUUUAUGAUCUUUGGGAGACCAUGUUCAUGAAAACUCAUGUCUCUUCACAAAUUGCAAAUUAGUCUUAAACUUGAUGUAACACAAGCAUUCUAAAAUUGUCAGUUGUCGUGUGAUAUAUAAUAUUUUUAUAUUCGGGGGAGAAAAAAAAAAAAGGUUUUCAAUAUUAAACCCAUUUAAACAUGGCUUCUGAUAGCAGAGAUGUUUAUCUGAGGUUUCGAGGCUUUUUUCAUGCACUGCUUCUUUUCUCUUCUUCUGCUAACUUGUUCCGUUUUCUUUUCAU